GGUCUGUAACAGGUUCAGUGGAAGAUUUUAGAUAAUGGCGGUCGGUAUUGUUGUUUAUGGUUGGUUUUCUGUCUCCAUGGUUUGAAACUCGCUUUCAAAGAUGUCGUUAUUUCAAGCUCGAGAUUGGUGGUCAACCUAUGCAGGGAAUGAUGAGGAAUUUGACGCCGGGAACCUUUGCAUUUCCAACAUUGACAAUAGUGUCCAAGCUUACGAUAAAAUCAUUGUUGGAAGUUUUCAUGGGGUCCUGAGAAUUUACUUUCCAAGAUCAAAUGGCUUUAAGCCAGAAGAUCUCAUGGUGGAAACACAAAUGCAACAGCCAAUUCUACAAGUUGCUGCAGGAAAAUUUUUGUCUGGGUCAGAGAAUCUUUAUCUAGCUUUGUUGCACCCACGGAAGCUUGCAGUCUAUUCUGUGACAGCUGUCACUGGCUCUGUGGAACAUGGAAGCUAUUACUCUGUAAAGCUGGCAUAUGAACAUAUUUUGGAAAGAACUUCCCAUAGCAUGACCCACGGUCCUUUUGGUGGAGUUAAAGGAAAAGAUUUUAUUUGUGUCCAGUCAAUGGAUGGUGUCCUGUCAUUCUUUGAGCAAGAGACGUUUACUUUCAGCCGGUUUUUGCCUAACUUCCUUCUUCCUGGUCCCGUUGCCUACAUUCCAACAACCGAUUCAUUUGUCAUCUGUUCCUCAUCCAGAAAUGUAGAAUGUUACAAAUAUCAAACGUUGGCUGUCUCAUCUGACAAACUGACACCAAAGUCUUUAUCUGGAAAGAAAGUUGCUCCGGAUUGGAGCACUAAUAUUGGAGAGAAUGCGAUAAGUAUCAAAUUUGUCGCUUUCACUGGAUGCACUCCUUCAGUAAUGGUACUCGGCGAAAGAUCGCUUUUCUCAUUGCUUGAGAAUGGAACUGUUCACUUUAUAAAGAAGUUCGAAUUUAACCCAUCUUGCUUCUUACCAUACGGGACUUGUAAGGAAGGCAAGCUGAACACUAUGAUUGGCACUCACACAAAUUCCCUGCUGAUUUACGAAGAUGUAUCUUUGGUAUGGGCUGCCCAGCUUCCACAUGUGCCAGUAAAAAUCGAGGUCGCAAACUUCCAGGAUCUGAAAUCUGUUAUCGUUUCUUUGGAUGAGUAUGGUCACCUACACUGCGCAUAUUUGGGAACUGAUCCUUCCUUGUUUGUCGCUCCGCCUGUAGAUGCAAGAGAAGUUAACUACGAGGAACUUGACAGAGAGAUGAAAGUGUUACAGAGAGCCAUCAAAGAGUCAACCUCUUCUCAAAGUUUGGUGACAGAAAAGAAAGAUGAACUCCUCGUCAAUGCUGAAGUUCCAGAUCAUCUUGAUGAAGUAUCGCAUGCCAACGAUGUGGAGAGGGAAGAUGACGAUGUUCCGCCUUCAAUUACUGUCAAGAUAACUCUGACGUCGAUGUCAGAUACGCCAAUAGAAAAUAUUAUAUUAACCUGCACCUCACCCUUUCCCAUUGAAUGCAGUAAAAGAUUUAUCGACGUUCCGAUUGUCGGAGAUCGUUCACAAAGCCUCGACUACUAUAUUUCGUUUUAUACAACUGGAGGAUCAAUACCAUCUACACUGACAGCCACUGUCUGUGCAACGUAUUUCAACCAAUCAGAGUCACCAAGAAUCGUGCAGUGCAGCUUUGAUUUGCCACUCUCACUGAUCUGCCAAGGAUGUGCACCCGUAAAACAAGCUCAACAUAAGUUGACAAUCGAUACCAAUAAAGACCCAGUAAACCUUUCGGAGCUUUUUCCAGAAAUGUUCAAUGACAGUGUUAUUCCUGUUGCUGCUCUGGGGUUCCAAUACUAUAAAGGUCCAGUUGUUACUCUUCUUUCUUCUAAAUCAUCAAAUCGCUACCGAUUGCAGUGUGAUUUAUUUGAAGGCCUAUGGCCCAUUGUAAAUGAACACGUCAAGCGGCUGAAAGCAUUUUACUCCAAGAGAAAGGAGGGGUCAUCAUUCAAGGCGUCAUUUACAGGUCCCCUUCCUCUCAACGAAUAUUUCGAACUCAUUGAUGCUCAUUUCGAGCAAAGACAAAGCAGGCUUAAGUUCAAAGAACUUCUUGCCCAACGUGCGCAUCAAUUUCGAGUCAUUCAGCGUCGAUUACUUACGAGGUUCAAGGACAAGACACCAGCUCCACUAGCCAACCUCGAUGUACUUCUGGAAGGAACUUAUAGACAACUUUUAGCCCUCGGCGAAGCAGCAGAAGAUUCCCAGCGUCAAUGCAUGCUCUAUGGAAAUGCACUGUGCUGUGGAACCAAAUUGGUGAAUCUUUUGAUAAAAUAUUGGACUGGCAUGAAUGAUAAGCAGUUUGAAGUUCUGCAGUCCUGCUUAUCGCCGGUUGUCUCAGACUCUGAUGAGCAGGGUUGGGAAGAAAUAACAGAUGCAGCCAUUACACAUUUGUUGAGAACCUGCUUGGCAAAAUCAUCUAAAGAUCAAAACACUACAAUACAGGCCUUGGCAAUGCCAAAGGAUACAGCCAAACUCAAGAAACACAUUGCUUUGUUGACUGAACGGCUGAACAAAGGGGCCAAGCUUGAUUUGAGUGGACAGAUGCAAAAUGACAUUGGGUUUAGAACAGAAAACAAGAAACAACUGGAGACACUCAAUGAAUCACAAGAGGAAAGCGAAGACACGACAGACGGAGUGCCGCAGGAGGUUACAGUAAGCUCGACGUCAGCCUUGAGACCUGAGAAGACCUUGGAGCCACUAAAGGAACCUACGAAAAGAGACAAGCUUCCAAAACUGAAAAACAAACUAGAUAAACGCGUUUUGAUUAAUGAGAACUCAGAUUUGGCUGCAAUGAUAGCUAAAACUGCUGCAAGUGUUGACGAUGCGAACGCACAAGUAAAUGGGGAAUGAGAUUUGUAAAUAAUUGCUAACUUGAAGUUAAGUUUAUUCCAUUGUGGGAGGUAUAGGGGAAGUUUUACUGUACAGCACCCUUAUUAUCUCUAAUUAUUAUAAGUUAAUUGGUAUUUUUCAUGUUCUAAAACACAGAUCUGUAAAUGAUAGUGAAAUAUUACUGUAGAAACAAGAUUUAUUCCUCCUUUACAAAUAAUGCGCAGAAACAAUAAAAAGUGCCGUGUAAUACCUGAGAGACGCAGAGAUAUAAUAGAAUACAUUUCUCUAGAGACUUAAAUGUUUACAAAGGUUGUUAUUUAUCAUUGUUCCUCUGAUGCAAGUAUUCGUGAUUUAAAGCAAAUACAUAUUCCCUAGUGCUCCAAUCUUAGCGAACGUCUCCCGGCACUGGAUCGUAGAUUCCUUUUGUUCAUGCAAAAAUUCCGGCCAGUUGGUGCCAUUGCAAGGGCCUAAUCGACGAUUUCCUGGGUUUUUCAGCCUUUUCUUUGCCUCAAGACUUCUGAACGACGCUG